AUGGUCACCUAUCAUUAAGGACAUCCUAAUUAAUGCUAAGACCCUUCAAAAGCGCUCGUUAUUUUUUUUUAUCUUUACAAGAAUGGUGAGCUAAAAGAUCAUAAAAAGAUAAAAUAAAUUUUAGAAGCUAUUUUGUAAGAAAUAGUUUGCAGGGGAACAAAAAGUCUAGAGAAGCUUCACUCAUACUUUGGGAUUGUUGGAUAUGACAAUUCUGAUUUCAAAAAAAUAGAAUAAGACAUCAUUAAUAAUGUUGUAGGAGAUGUUAGUAGAAAAAAAUGA